AUGCCAGAGGUAAUGCCGACACCCACCAAAGAAAAGUGGAGGAAAAUUGCGAAUGAUUUUGAAACGCAGUGGAAUUUCCCCAACUGCGUGGCCGCUAUCGAUGGGAAGCACGUCACUAUUAAUAAACCAGCCAAUAGCGGAAGCAAGUACUUCAACUACAAAAAAACGUAUUCUGUGGUGCUGCUUGCCUUGGUUGAUGCCCAUGGUAAUUUUAUAGCGGUUGAUGUGGGAAGUUUUGGAAAAGAGAGCGAUGGUGGGAUUUUCGCGAGCUCCAAUAUGGGGAAAAGGUUCCAAAAUGGUACUUUUGCCAUGCCCGAGGAUGCACCCUUACCCGGAACAAACCAAUCCGCACCUUUCGUCGUCGUCGGUGAUGAGGCAUUCCCGCUCAAAACGUACCUCAUGCGACCAUAUCCGGGUCAAAAUCUUGAUGACGCCAAACGGAUUUUCAACUACCGUCUCAGCCGUGCCAGAAGGGUGUCCGAAAAUGCAUUUGGCAUGCUUGCUGCGUGGUGCCGAAUGUAUUGCCGUACCAUUCAUGCAAACCCGGAAAACAUAGAUUAUCUGAUUUUUUCGAGCUGCGUGCUGCAUAACCACAUCCGCACAUUCCAUGGUGUAACGCCUGCAUACAGUGCGUCUUCAUCGGAAGAUCAAGUGUCGCCCUGCCUUUCGAAACUGCCAGCUCAAGGAGGAAAUUCUUCCAGAAAUGCCUUUAAUGCUCGGGAAUCAUUCAAGAAUUAUUUUAAUUCUACUGAAGGAUUGGUCCCGUGGCAAUGAAAAAAAAACAUCAAUAAACAGAAAAUUCUUUCUAAAUU